AUGACUCAAGGUGAUAGCGCAAUUUCUCCAUUCAAAAAAGUAGCAACAGCGCUGAAAGCUAAACAGGGAAGAAUGCUGGAACACAGUGUGGUUCUUGUUAUGUCCGACACAGGUUAUAAUGUUGUUAAGCGGAAUUUCUGCGCAUUCGAAUGGCAAACUGAAGUCAAAGACAGUAAAGAUCAUGCGGACAUCAUCUUAUCAUGCAAUCGUGGCGUAGAAGGUAGUUCGUGGCAGUGUACAGCCGAUAUCACUGUUCAUAUCCCAGGAGUCAGCAAGGUUGUAAGCGCAUUCCAUAGUAAACAUCGUUCAACUGCUAUCGCAGUCCCCCGCACUGAGUUGGGAAACGAUAUCAAAGUCACUAUUGGAUUGCAAGAUGUUUCAGGCUACAGAGACGUUGCGAUGUUUGAGCAUGAUUUCACAAGGUCUUCUGAGCUGACAAACGCUUGCAUCACAUUCGAGAACAGCGAUACUCGCGUUUACGUCAUUCGAGAAUAUCUUUUGCUCAAUUCACGGAGAUUUGCAACAUUGUUGACGCGAAUGGUACCGUCGCGCGAGAAUACGCCUGUUUUUACCUCAAGCAAAUCCGAAUGUAGCGAUUUGGAUGUUUUGAGCUCGCGAACUACUCUGACUGAUCCAUUGUGUACUGAAGAUGAUGAGGUCGCAAAUAUCAUGUCUCUGCAAGAUGACGAUGUGACAACGUCGCCUUCAACCGUGUGUCAAGAAUAUGAGAUAUACCUAUUAAAAGGUGUCAGCUCUGGAGACUUUAUUACUCUUCUGAAAGCCAUUCAUCCGCCAUUUGCGGAAGUCACUAACGAAAAUGUGGAAAGCCUCCUUGCGACAGCUUUUCGCUUGGGUGUGGAACAUAUCAUUUGGAAAUGUGAAACUUUUCUUAGAACUGAGGGAGCUCGGCGAUCGUUUGAUGUCUUCGGUAGACUCGUCUUUGCCAUCACCUACAAAAUGUCUGCUCUUGAGAACGACUGCCUGGCAGCGCUGCAGAGUGUCAACGACGUUCGUACGAUGCUGAUGGAUUCUCGUAUGGAGAGCGCUCCUCAAGAACUUCGAACACUUCUUUUGGAGACGUUGUUUCAGCGUCUCAACUCUGAAACGUGUCCAGCUACCCUCAAAGCUAAGAUGGUAUCUGAGUCUUCGCAGACUUGUUUUUGUUUAUCUGGAUCAGCAAAUGACGCGGAAGUUGCUUCUACAGAGAAUGGCCCUCACUUGUGUGAAAGUAUGGCUCGAAGGGAAUUUGAGCAGGAAGAGAUACAAGGAAGAGGAAAAAUGUCUUUAAAUAAGCAAGAGAAGGCCGCUGAGGAUGUAGACAAGAUUGCGAACGACGCAUGUGCAACCAGUUCACAAUUGGAUCAGCGUCCAAACGAGAUUGAUACGAAGUGCAGUAAACAGACUAACGAAAGGCGAAUCUCCGUAGCGCGCAGAAGAAAAGCAAGAAAGCAUAACCCAGAAUGCAAGCCAGAAUAUAACGAUUUUCCAGAGCUGUUUGUAUGUGAAACAGUCAAUGCACGCAAAUUCUCGAAGAAGUCCCAGUCUAUAUGGUAUAAUGGUAGCUAUAUAUUCCUCUCAGCACACGAUAUAUUUGUCGACCUCGUGCUUCCACCUACCACAUCCUUGGGAACCGUGAGUUGGCUGUCAAGAGCAUACUUUCCGGAGGAGCAGCAGAGAAUUCCGUCUUCUAUGAUAGAGAUAAUAUCAACUAGUAUAAUUGUUGGCUGCGAGUUUGAUGUGCAGUUGUAUGGUAAUAACUUGCUCUUUGAUAAGCUCAAAGCGUAUUUGAAGAAGCAACUUCUUGACUAUGAGCAUGUUAGCAUGAGCCGCUAAAACUACGGGGGACGACUGACAGAUAGCCGUACGCCUGUUUCGUUGCAGCUGUACAGUUCUUACAACUCUUGUAUAUGGUAUAUAUUCAUGCAUUAGUUUCUUAUCAAACAAAGCAAAUCUCACGCAUUUAUCGUUGUAAUAUCUUUUAUUUCUUGUGUAACAUUCAACAAUUGUGCAUGCUUCUUAUUAACAUUGCAAAUAUUUUAGAACUUUGAUGGUUUCUACUCAUUUAUUGUGUAAAAGAAGAAUGUAAGCAAUCCCGCAGUCUUAUUGUCAUCUCCUUUAUCGAAAUAAAGUUUUACGGAGUAUCUUCGCUCACUUUUGUUUUCGUUUCUAAAUCC